UGUUUUGUACAGCAGCGUGCAGUUCUUAAUCGAAUCCAUUCUUGUGUUGAAUCCUGGAGUGAGAGAGAGAGUGAGAAACCCUAAACCCUAGACGUAGAUUUGAUGGAGGCGGAAGCAGUAGAACCACAGUCACUGAAGAAGCUAAGCUUCAAGUCCCUUAAACGUGCCCUCGAUCUCUUCUCUCCCAUUCAUGGACAACUUGCUCCUCCUGACCCACUAAGCAAGAGAACACGCCUUAACCACAAGGUAAAUGUGGAGUAUGGUGGAAUCAAAAGCACCACUGAUCAACCUCCCCGUCAAGUUAAUUCUUCCGCACAGGAUCACACUCAACAAGCUCUUGCUCUUCCCGGUCCAGGAGAUUCUAAAGAGCCCCAAAAAGGAGGACCCCAGAAUGCUUUGGUUGUUGGUCCAGCUAUGCCCUCCACAACUCCGAAUGAUCUUGGUUUUUCGAGCAAAAAUACAGUAGUUGUUUCGGCCUCUGGUUCAUCUGAAAGGAAUUUAUCAACAUCUGCUUUGAUGGAAAGAAUGCCAAGUAAAUGGCCACGUCCUGUAUGGCACGCACCAUGGAAAAACUACAGGGUCAUCAGUGGUCACUUAGGAUGGGUGAGAUCUGUUGCAGUUGAUCACAGCAAUACAUGGUUUUGUACUGGUUCUGCAGAUCGAACUAUCAAGAUAUGGGACUUGGCAAGUGGAGUACUAAAGCUCACAUUAACAGGCCACAUUGAACAAAUAAGAGGCCUUGCUGUUAGCAACAAACACACUUACAUGUUCUCUGCUGGUGAUGAUAAACAAGUUAAAUGCUGGGAUCUGGAACAGAAUAAGGUUAUUAGGUCUUAUCAUGGUCAUCUAAGUGGUGUUUAUUGCUUGGCUCUUCAUCCUACAAUUGACAUUUUACUGACUGGAGGACGUGAUUCUGUCUGCAGGGUCUGGGACAUACGUAGUAAAAUGCAGAUUCAUGCUCUUUCAGGUCAUGAUAACACAGUCUGCUCUGUGUUUACACGGCCAACGGAUCCCCAAGUUGUUACUGGUUCUCAUGAUACUACCAUCAAGAUGUGGGACCUUAGAUAUGGUAAAACGAUGUUAACCCUUACAAAUCAUAAAAAAUCGGUUCGAGCACUGGCUCCACAUCCUAAAGAGCAAUUUUUUGCAUCAGCAUCGGCUGAUAAUAUUAAAAAGUUCAACCUUCCAAAAGGAGAAUUUUUGCACAAUAUGCUCUCUCAACAGAAAACUAUCAUCAAUGCAAUGGCUGUGAAUGAGGAGGGUGUGAUGGCUACCGGAGGUGACAAUGGCAGUAUGUGGUUCUGGGAUUGGAAGAGUGGUCACAAUUUCCAGCAAGACCAAACAAUUGUACAACCUGGUUCACUGGAUAGUGAAGCUGGUAUUUAUGCUUUAACAUAUGAUGUUACGGGUUCGAGGCUUAUAUCCUGUGAAGCUGACAAGACCAUAAAAAUGUGGAAAGAAGAUGAAACUGCCACUCCAGAAACCCAUCCCCUUAACUUCAGGCCUCCUAAAGACAUCCGUCGAUUCUAGCUACGAUCGCUCAUAUCUCAGGCUAUUUUUUCUGCCAUGUAUAGUACACAAGUUUAUUGGAUGCGCUAUUAUUUGGAGGCUUUGAUGUAAAAUGACUUGUUGGUUGAAAAUGAGCAUCAUGAUUCUCUUUUUUUAACAUACUUUUCUCAUCCUUUUUGUACCAUUGGAUUGCGUGUAGAUUAUUAUUACGCAUAUGGCUUUGCAUUUCAGUUGUGUGCAUAAAACAACACUCUGCCCUUGCC